GAGAGAGAGAGAGAGUAGCUUAUCAUCUAAACCCACACACUUUCGCCUCUCUCUUCUGCUCUCCUCCACUUUCUCUUCUCGCCACCACCGUCGAGACGUCUCGACCUCUCCAUGUCCGGCGGCGAUGAUCGGGGGCUCUUCGGCUACCCUCUCGACAGAGAUCUCUCGUUGAUCUUCCCGGCCAGUACCGGGCAGAAUCCGGUGUCGGAUAGCCUGCAGGACCUCAUCGCCUUCGACGACUACUACCUGGCCGACCCUUUCGACGAAUCAUGCUGGCAGCCAGACGUCGGGUUCAGCGGCGUCAAGUGGGGCCCCAUCCAAGCGGCCACGACGCCGCCAACUGGAGGCUCGUCGUCGUCGUCGUCCCCGGUGUCGGCUAACUGCUCGGCGGCGUCGUCGUCGACGACGGAGGCGGCGGCGGACGGGGAGAUGCUCAACGAGGGGAGGCAGAAAGAGCGAUCAGAAGCGGCGACCGACGCCGACAAAUCGGAGCUCAAAGCGUGCGAACAAGGCCAAGAAAAAGGGAGAAAAGAGACACAGGGAACCUCGCUUCGCCUUCAUGACCAAGAGCGAGGUGGAUCAUCUGGAAGACGGCUAUCGAUGGAGAAAAUACGGCCAAAAGGCAGUCAAAAACAGCCCUUUCCCAAGAAGUUACUACCGUUGCACGACGCACAAGUGUCCGGUGAAGAAGAGAGUGGAGAGAUCGUACCAAGACCCGUCCACCGUGAUCACCACAUACGAAGGGAAGCACACCCACCCGAGCCCCGCCGCCGCGCAGCGAGGGCUCUACCUACCGGCGGCCACGGCACCUCCGCCUCAGCUUCCGUUCUCCGCCGCGGCAGCGCCGCCGGACCACUUCAUCCACCACCACCGCAGCCGCCUCCUGCAGCAAAUGCGAGCGCUCACCGGCAUGGCAGACGGCGGCGGCAUGCAGCUCUCGCAGUCGAAUCCCUGGCGGCCGCCGGUUCAGCUGCCGGACUGCGGCCUCCUGCAGGACGUCGUUCCCUCCUUCUUCCAGCCAAAGCAGCCAUGACUUAGCUCGAUCGAUCUUAAUCUUGCAGGUAACUUUAUUAAUUAAUUAUGAUCAGUGGUACUCUUUCUCGAUCGUUUUGCGAUCGUAGUUCUUGUACAAAGAUUACGAUCUAGGCAUGCAAUAUAAUCUAAUUAACCUAGUGAAUGAGAUGGAUCAGAUCUGUGUGUGUGUGUGUGUGUUUGUUUCCUAAACUAGAACUGGUCAUGCAGCGUAACAUCAGCCCUAGCUAAUUAGUUCCAAUCUAUUAAGAGUUUAUUAUGUGAAUCAUAUUUCGUAUUGUAAUUAUGAUUAAUCAUUGUAUUUUCAUAACUACACUACUGUGAUUGUACACCACAUUUUUAGAUAAAUUAUAUAAAUAUAUUUAUUGGACUA